AUGGCUUCCUCAUCUUCUUUGGUUGAAGCCAACUCUCUCUCUGAUAUAACGCAGCUUGCUUCGCAUCCACCGAAAUAUCCCCGGAACCCAACAGAGCAGAGGAGGGUACCUUUGACCCUGUAUAUCGCGCGGGUUCCGGGUAGUCGAGAUAUUAUUCUCACGCCCCUCAAGCCUCAACUGAAAAAUGUUGCCGUACAGGAUGUAGCUAGCUCUCUGUACUAUCUUCAUCUCAAUAGCGAGGACGAUACUCGGCUGCUUGGGGAUGAUCAAACGACUGUAUGUGACGAGCCAGAUCCCCGAGCUGGCACGAGUGAUUCUGUACAGAAACCUGUGCCUCGCAAACCUCUUCCCCAGUCAGCCCGAGCAUCCCUUGAUGUGCCUCAAGCGGAUGUUGCAUCAAGUCGGACGGACUCGCCUUCAAACCCGUCGAAUAUUAAGACCGAAUCCCCAAACAUGAUCCGUCCUUUACAAGACUCGGCUCAUGUAAACAAGCCUGUCCAGAGGCGGCUUUUAGGCCCUCGCGCGCUGCCCUCUGCACCUUCAAUCGAGAGAAAGCCACUCGCCAGGACUGAAGAUGGUCUCGUCAAGGCUUCGCAAGACGCCAUUUCUAAUUCGCGAGCGAGCAACGACACCCUAAGAAACGCCCUGCCUCAAGAACCUGGUUUUAGGAAAUCCGAGGACCAUCAGCACAUUGCCGAUACCUUUUCGAUAACACUUAUCCGCCGAGACCCAGCUUCUGGAGCUCAAUGGAAUAUUGGAAGCAUUUCUGGUCACCCUAUUAACAACGAGAGUCCCCAUCGACCAACUAAAUCCCCCGUACGCUCGAAGAAGCCAUAUUUUGACAUAUCAGUGGAACUCACCACGCCUGGUUACACUCCUUUUCGGAACUCGCAACCAAUCGCUCAUCCGUCAAAAGACCUGCCAGUUGUUGGGCAACAGUUAUCUACAACUAAAGCCGCCAAAACCGGUCCUAAUAGGGCCCAACCGCAAGGCUCCUCGGUUAUUCCUUCGAGCUUCCAUCGCCAGGUGUUCAUGGAGGGGUCUAAUUCAUGGGGACGUCCUUCCACAAAACACAAGAGAACGCCUUCAGACCUAUCGGGCAAACGUGGUAGGGGUUAUAGUGGCAGUUCCGCAAUCGGAUAUUCUGACACAAUGGGUACCGACCAAGAGGAAGAAGCAGCUGCGCAUAUGCCUCGACCGAAAGGGUACAUAUUUUUGAGUCCCUGGGAAGGUCGUUGCAAAUUCUCUACUGGCAGCGGCGGCCGGAGUCUACGAUGUAGACACACUCUACCAAGCCCAGUAUCCGCAAUUAACACGGCAGAUUCUUCAGCUUCCACACAACCAUCGGUACUUCUGAGCGAACUCCGUUUCAACCUCCCUUCGUCCGCCUUAUUUGGCUCCUCGAAAUCCCCCGAGAGAUCCCGGGAGCGAAGCACAGAUUUCAAAGGUGCCACUGCCACAAAGUUCAGACAUAUUAGAAACAAAUUAUCUUCGGAAAUAAGAGAAUACCGGGCGUCACAUAGCCACCGGCACUCUGACGACGAAGAGGACCCGCCAGCCUUGCCACCAAGACCGAAUCUACGAUUCACUACGAAUUCAAGCGACGAAGCAAACGAUGCCCAUAUCGCGGACAAUUUAGACCGGGUUUUGCAUGUGGGCGACGAGGAAAAUUCACGCCUAGACCUCAGUCUUGGACAAGAAAAGGCCGGAGGGGGGAAUAGGGGUAAACGUGCAAAGCUCGGCAAGCUCAUCAUCCACGAUGAGGGUUUCAAGAUGCUAGAUCUUGUUGUCGCUGCGAAUAUGGGGAUAUGGUGGAGCACAUGGGAUUCUGAUCAUCGAUAG